CUUGACAAAACAACAUUUUCUUUACUCUAAACAACGAACUCGAAAGAACAUUAUCAAACAUCAAACUUUUUCAUUAUUCUACUCUCAAGCUAUGGGUUGCGAUGGUGGAACAAUACCAAAAAGAUGUGAAUUGGUUCGCGAAAAGAAAAAGCCAGAGAAAGUGGACAAAGAAAUAGAGUUGAACGCUAAAUGGUUCCACUGUGCUAUCAGUCAACAGGAGUUAUCGGAACCGAUUGUUUGUUGUGAGUUGGGCAAUCUGUACCGGAAAGAGUCCGUCAUAGAAUAUCUCUUAGACAAAUCCAAAGCAACGACUGAUAUUGCAAAGCACAUUCGCAGCUUAAAAGAUGUCAAAGAACUAGUCUUGACAAAAAGGAUCCGCAAAUCCACCAAAGAAAUGAAGGGACGAUCAGCAGACACUUACCUCGACUUCCAAGCGUCGGAUUACAUCUGCCCAAUUACAGGCAUGGAAAUGAAUGGUCGUUAUCGCUUUAUUUUUUCAUGGAAAUGUGGCUGUGCCUUCUCCGAGCGUGGUCUGAAAGAAGUGCCUUCAACUACAUGUCAUAGUUGUGGAACACCUUUCACCAAAGAAGAUUUGAUUGUCAUCAAUGGUGGAGAAGAGGACAUUGUGAGAAUGAAGGAAAGGAUGAUGGCAAGGCGUCAGAAAGCAAAGGAGGACAAGAAACUGAAGAAGUCUAAAAGAGAAAACAAUGAAGGCAUGAAUGUUGUACCAAAGAAGAAAAGCAAAGUUGUAGUUUCCUCUGCUGAAGAAACAAAAUCAAAAGAUUCAGCAAUGUCAAAGAGUUCAGGAGUACCAGCAACUACUAAAGCUCCCAAACUCAAUGAUGAUCUGGCUUACUCCAAGUAUAAGUCAGUGGCAGCAAAUCCUGAUGCAAGCAAAGUUUUCAAAUCAUUGUUCAGCUCAAGUCACAAAGAAAAACCAGGACAAUUAAAAUCAAAUUGGGUCACAUAUCAAUCUUAUCAUUGUUGAAUGCUACAAUAGUUCACAAUAAAUCUGCUUUUGACUUGUUUAAACUUGAAA